GCUUGUAUGUAUAUAUCUUCAUUUGUUCGUAUAAGAAACUUUUGGAGAAAAAUAAAAUAAAUAGCCAGAAAGCCUUAUCUGCCUCAGCUGCGGCAGAAGUUUGAGGUUUCUGUUUGAUGUUGGGAUGGGUUUUUCUGCGUUACUGGUCUCACGCGGAAACAAUCUUCUUUAGGAGAUUUGUUAUUUUCUGAAAUUAGGGGAUGAAAAAGAAAGGGGAAGCGCAUAUGAUGUGCCUACAGCAUCCAUCAUAACUUUGAGAUAUCAUUCAAUAAAAUCAGUUGCCCAACUGAUGUUCAUUCGGCUUAUACCUUGUAUUGCACACACUUGACUUGAAGAUGGCACUGAGAGCUACAGGAAGGCUACUACGUAAGAAGCUCUUCAUGGGAGUUUCCAAGAACUUUAGUGCAGAAGAAGUAUCUCCUGAAAAGCUCUCCAUGGGAAUUUCCAAGAACUUUAUUGCAAAAGAAGCAUCUUCUGAAAAUGUUCAGAAAACACUGUUGAAUGAACUUCACAAGAAAAGAAAAUUGGAGGAAAUAAGGUGUCUUACAGCUGCUGCUGAGAGAGAUAUUGCUUAUUGGGAACCACUUUUUGUUAAAGGAAAAGCUAGGUACUUAAAUGGAGUCACUUGUAUGGCUUUGACUGCCAUAUAUAUAGCGGGUGACUACAUCUACUGCAAAAAAACUUGCGCCGAGGGGAUGUUGCGCGGGCGAUAG